CCGAAAUGCAUCUGCUUGUCUGUUGAGAGGAAAAUCAGGGUUCUGGCUCCCAAAUGUGAGGAGAAGAGGAGCCAGGAUUAACGGAGGACGAGGUCUCAGCGGGAGCAUGGGGAGGGCGGGCCCUAGAGCACCGCUCCUCCCCAAAACUAGGAAUCUGGAGCCUUAAGUCCUUCCUCAAAACAAGCCUUGAGGGCCCCAGGCCCAGGUCGGCGCCCAGGUGCGGGGACAGCGAGGUAACGGCAUCUCCCGUCGCUAAGUGCCCCCUUCCACUCCAGGCACACCUUCGCGUCCCAUCCGGAACCGCCCGGCGACAGAGGCAAAGCAGUUAGGGCGAAGGUCAGGAGUGGAUACCCCUACCCCAGGCACCAGACGCUGCCCCGGGCCCUUAACCUCCCCCGGGACUGGGCUAGAGCUCGGGGAGACCUUCCUGGUGCCCGCUCUCCUUGUGCGGAGCCGUGGGGGCGGCUCCAGCGCACCGUAGCAGCCCCACUUCGUCCUGGCCCGGGGGUGGCCGCGGGGGUGUUCGGCCCGUGGGGCAGGCCCCGGGCUCGCUGCGGCCGAGGGUCCAAUCCGACAGCUCCCCCGCGCCAGGCCGGGCUGCACGCUCUCCCUCCGUCCUGUGCCGACAGAUCCGGCGUGUCCUUGGUGGGGUGGGGGCGCAGGGAGGGGCGGCCACAGACCCUAAGGCCCUUUCAGAUGGUGGGAGGGCCUGAAGAAAGCGACAGCGAGUGCGGAGGGGAGGCUCCCUUAAGUGUCCGGGACAGAGGGACAGCGGGGGGCCAAGGCGGAGAUGAGAAGAGCCAGUGAUUGAGGGGAACCCGGAGGAAGCAGGGCGGGAGCCGCGGCCACGCACGGGAUGGAACCUUCCUCUAAACGUGCCGAAAGCUCACGGAAGGAAGCCGUUAGCCGCCCGGCUCCCAGUGCCCUGGGCUUUCCAGGCUCUUGUCCUGGGAGGGGACUGGGGGCGGUGGCCAGGCCCGCACUUCCCCGCCAGCCGCAGCUGGCCGCGUGCCCCUCCGACCGUCCGAGUUCUCCUCUAAAAAUGGGGCUGACAGCCGCUACCUCACAAGGUCCACGCCGGGCUCAUCCUGCUGCCUUCCUCCCCGACAGGACUCCGCCACCCUCCCUCAGGAUGCCCGAGGGCCCGGAGCUGCACCUGGCCAGCCAGUUUGUGAACGAGGCCUGCAGGGCGCUGGUGUUCGGGGGCUGCGUGGAGAAGUCCCCCGUCAGCCGCAACCCCGAGGUGCCCUUUGAGAGCAGCGCCUACCGCAUCUCGGCUUCCGCACGUGGCAAGGAGCUGCGCCUGACUCUCAGCCCCCUGCCUGGGGCCCAGCCCCCCCAGGAGCCGCUGGCCCUGGUCUUCCGCUUCGGCAUGUCUGGCUCCUUCCAGCUGGUUCCCCGCAGGGAGCUGCCACGCCACGCCCACCUGAGCUUUUACACGGCUCUGCCCGGCCCCCAGCUCGCCCUGUGUUUCAUGGACAUCCGCCGGGUUGGCCACUGGGAUCUUGGGGGCAAGUGGCUGCCGGGCCGCGGGCCCUGCGUCUUGCAGGAGUACGAGCAGUUCAGGGAGAAUGUGCUAUGAAACCUAUCAGACAAGGCCUUUUACCAGCCCAUCUGUGAGGCCCUCCUGGAGCAGAGGUUCUUCAAUGGCAUUGGCAACUAUCUGUGGGCGGAGAUCCUGUGCCAGCUGAAGAUCCCUCCCUUUGAGAAGGCCCGCUCAGUCCUGGAGGCCCUGCAGCAGCCCAGGCUGAGCCUGGAGCUGACCCUGAGCCAGAAGAUCAAGGCCAAGCUGCAGAGCCCUGACCUGCUGGAGCUGUGCCACUCAGUGCCCAAGGAAGUGGUCCAGCUGGGGGGCAAAGGCUACGGGUCAGAGAGCGGGGAGAGGGACUUUGCCCCUUUUUGCGCCUAGCUCCCGUGCUAUGGCAUGCCGGGCAUGAGCUCCCUGCAGGACCAGCAUGGCCACACCAUCUGGUUCCAGGGGGAUCCUGGACCAUUGGCACCCAAAGGGGGCGAGUCCUGAAAAAAGAAAUCCAAGGCCACACAGCUUCCUGAGGAUGGAGUGGAGGACCGUCCACCUCCAAGCAAGGCCCCUUCCAGGACACUUAGGGCAAAGAGAGACCUUCCUGAGAGAACUGCAACCCAGCGGCCUAAGGCGACCAGCUUCCAGCAGGACCCAGAGGCUCCCAAAAUCCCCAAGAAGGGGAGGAGGAAGGGACGACAGGCAGCCUCUGGCCAGCGCAGACCUCGGAAGGCCAAGGCUGACACCCCAUCCUUGGAACUGGAGGGGACCUCAGCCUCUUAG